GAGCACUGGCCGUACAUCGAUUGAGGCUCUUGGACGUCAGUCGACGAGAGGAAGUUUUGUUCCUCGAACUCGUGGAAGGGUCUGGAAGACACGUGCGAGCCCACAAUGGGCAGUGCUUCUUCUACUCAGAGCAUGGACAUUGGAACGCCUACAAAGGCGUGAUUCCCGAGGGCACGCUGGCACGCUGCAAAAAAUUUCUUAUUCAGCUGGAGGGCCUCUACGCUAUGUUUCAAGGGAAUGUCUUACGGGAUCACGAAGGGAUUUUACAGGCGUCCCAAAGACUACUGGAAAGGCACUCGCUCCGUUCCGACGUCCUUCUCACUGCCUGUGAGAAAGCUGCCAUCUGCCGCAUGCCGACGAAGUCGAAGGGAAGCAAUCCGGGUGAGGCCGACGUCGACCAAGAUCCCGGCGAUGAUAGCAUCCAUUGGACGUUGGCCAUGGCCAACACCAUCGGCAAGCUGUACGUCAAAUUGCAGACUUCUCUCCUCAACGACAGCAUCAUCAAAUAUUACAUCGCGUGGUGUUCCCUCGACAUCCAACCGUCCGGUGGUUUUUGCACAAUGGACGCAUCCUUCACUUUCACCGAACACGGCUUGCAAGCAGUUCGCAAGACAGCACGCAACAACGUGUACGUCUACUUGCCUCAUAGAAUGCUGGACCCCGUCGCGGAGGAUGUGAAGAAAAGAGUCGACCUCUUUUGGAAGACCACCUACUGGGCGAACGCUGAAGCAUUCGAGGUCUUCAUGGCCUCUUUGGUACUAGCUCUGCGUGGAGAGAACGUCGACCGUGCAUUCUGGGGCAUAGGCUCCGGUGGCGUUGGGCAAAGCCUACAGACGGCACACCUGGAGGCGAUUCUCGGAGAGUAUCACACUUGCCUGGACAUGAACAUCUACUUCGUAGACGAGGAGAUGCGGAAACAGGCGGCCAACAUUGUCGGGAAGAUAGUCGCCGCCAUCGCCAAGCACAAGGCCGAACAAGAGGAAGCCUCGAGACAGUUGCGCGACUGGCUGAGCGGGGAACGUAAAGACUGGUUCACCGCUGCUCAGCUGAAAACUGCAAAGGCAAAGUUUGUCUUCAACUUCAACCGCUGCGACGCGCAGGAUGUGAUCGACAAAAUGAUUGGGAACGGCCAACUUCUAUCUGCGCCCACAGUCUUGCCUAAGGUUGGUCAGACGACACUCUACAUACCGAUCUACCCCUGCAAGCGCUCUCUCGACGCGGUGGUCUCCCUGGAUCACGACACAGAGAUGAUCUUCAUAGAGGAAUACCAUGUGUCUGGCGUUCGAUCUCGCUUGGCAGCAGACUGUUCGCGAAGUUUGAAUAUCCGGACUCUCGCCGAGAAUCACAAGAAGAAACGUUCAGCGCAGCUGCCGGGCAAAAAGAAGGGCGCUCCUAAGCGCAGCACAGACGUGGAUGCUGCUGACGGCGACAUUUCAGCGGACCUUCUCAAUGCACUGGAGAAGCAGACAUCCUUGCAUCGAGAGGUUCUCGAGGCGGCUAGCGCUACAGGGCAGCAGGAAACUGAUUCGACAAAAGAGAAUCUCUAUGUGACAAUGCAGCGUCAGUAUUUCUACCCCAAGGACAUCCGCUGCCGCCGAUAUGUUACAGAAGUCGGCGCUCAGAGUGUAUCUCGACUCACACGAGCCAUCUGCUGCCCUCACACAGCUGACUACGACAUCUCCGCGGCAAUGUUCAAUAUCGUCGUACAAUUGUGCGACAUGGUAGAACCGACUGGCUUGGACAUUCCCUCAUGGCGUGCUGUUGCCACGAGUCGCAGCCGCGUUUGCAGUGACCAGCUCAAGUGCACCGAGUCGAUCGGCAAGAAGAUUCUUACAGAAGUCGCCAAUGGAGCGACGCCUUCAAGCUUUACGAACAUCGCGAAGCCAGGUCUGACAUUUUUGACAGCACUGUCGACGGAAAGUCGCUUUCUGCGAUGGCUUGCAUGUUCCCAGUUGCAGACCCACUACGUUGAGCUACGUCGCAGUUCUAGGAAUCACUGGCCAGAAGCAAGCAUCUUCGCCCUGUGGUGGACUGUUGCGGAGGAUUUAAUCCUCCAGUCGAUGACUCGUGUCGUUCGGCAAGGCGAAGUCGCAGGACAUGUCUCGUGUCACUUCGAUGGUAUUCUCAUUGCAAGAUCUCUGGCGCAGUCCAUCGAAGAGAGUACCGGCAAAAGCAUGAUCUCUCUUCUUGAAGAAAACGUGCUGGAGCAAACGAGGUUCAAAGUUACGAUCAAAGACAAGACCGUCCCAUCUUUGGAUGAGUUGCUGGACAGCAGACUCAAACCAAGUCAGGUCGAGUCCAAAUUGAGCACAUAUGCGGAAACUUUGACUGCUAUAUCCAACUCCAUUCCUGCAGCACUGGUUUUCCUGGGUGCGGAUUUGAAGCAGAUUAUUCUACGUCUGCGGGAAGAGUCUCCCGCAAACACGAAAGCAGAGACUCGUCACGUUCGACAGUAUUCUGACUGGAACGGUUGCGGCGACCUGCACCUCCUGCCGCGAUCUGUUUUCACUGCUGAGGCCGACUCAGACUUCCUUCUACAUCUCGAGCUUCCGGACUCCUCCUUCUGCAUGGGCGUCAAGGUACUGCCCGCGAACACUAUUUUGGUUAUGCGUGGUGGCCGAGUCUACGAAGGAUCCAUGUCAGAUCUGAUGGACUUACUGGAAGCUUUUCAUGGAAUCAAAGAAACCUUUUGCUUCGACAUUGUCUCAGAGCCGGCAGCAAUCGAUGACACCAACUCUGGCUUUCUUGACCUUCUUGCGGGGUCGUCUGAUGGCAGGACAUCCAAGAAACGACCUGCUUCACAGACGCACGUUGUGCAAACACAUGGCCCUCAGAACGAAGGGGAAAUCGAUGUUGGUGCUGAGCUGAUGAACCUCAUGAAGCGCGAGGUUGAGGAAGCCAUGGACAAUGUCAACUGCCAGACCGGCACGACCUUCUCGGCAACCACUUGUCCGUGCUGCCCGUGGCGCCGUUUCAACAAGCGAGCACACCUGCGGCAGCACCUCCUGUCUCAACAUACGACAGCCAAGCGCUACUGUCCCUCCGGCACCAAGCAACUCCGGAUUGCUGUGUCGAUCUAUGACCAGGAUGCCAUCACCGGGAAGGAGAUGCAGCCAUACUUUCUUAGCAGAGCU